CAUUUCAGGACCCUUUGCUUGUCUCUUCAUUCCCUGCUUUUUUUUUACAAUUUUGUCGUAUUAGAUUGAAAAUUGAGUUGGGUAUUUUGGGGGCUAAAUGUCCAAACGAAGGAAGUGGCGGGCGUCCGCAGACUGACAGUUUGAGAUUUUCUUCAGGUGAGAUUUUCUUCAGGCCAAAUGAUUCUCUUUCGAUAACCGAAAUGAAGGAGUUCUUAAGAACAUCAAGAGCCAUAUGUCAGUAAGGAAAAAAUUAAUGUUGUCAGUUGCAUUUACUGACCCAGAGAGUUCUCAGGGAUUCACAAUAAUUGUAGAUAGUUUCCCUAUUCAGUGCUGCCAUCUCAAGUAAAGAAAGUAAAGAUGUAUUUUGCCAUCCGACUAAGCUUUGUCCUGGCUGUGCUCUUCUGCCUUACGGGAAACGGAAAUGCUAGAAUGCUGGGUGCAGAUUUCAACAGGCUCCAGCAACUUCAGCGCCGAAGUCACCAAUCUAAUGAUGCCAACACCCAGCUGAAAAUCGCAUAUGAAGUCAUCGAAAUUUAUGAUAAGUUCAAGGGCCAGAAGGGAUCAGAUUUGUUAAGAGAAGCUCAACUGAAUUCAGAAGUCAAUGAUUUUAAAAGAAAGAAUGUGGUCAUCGAUGGAGUGCCCACCAAGGAGGAAGAAUUAAUGAUGCAGUAA